AACAGUCGUUAAAUUUUCUCGGCACUUAGCGUUAUUGAUUAAGUCUUUUUAAUAUUGUAAGAGUAUCAAUUUAUUGUGUUCAUAUUCUUUGAAUGUUUUUUUAUUUAUGUAUCAGUGAAUAAGUCUUAUUACUGACUAAAAGCUACAAUAUCAAACGUAAAAUGGGCAACCCUAAAGUAUUUUUUGAUAUGACUGUUGAUGGCGUCGACGCUGGUAAAAUUGUUAUCGAGCUACGCAGUGACGUAGUACCCAAAACCGCUGAAAAUUUCCGUGCUCUUUGUACUGGUGAAAAAGGCUUUGGAUACAAGGGAAGUACUUUCCAUCGUGUUAUUCCUAAUUUUAUGUGUCAAGGGGGGGAUUUUACUCACCACAAUGGAACUGGUGGCAAAUCAAUUUACGGAAAUAAAUUUCCAGAUGAAAACUUCCAAUUAAAACAUACAGGACCUGGUAUUUUAUCAAUGGCUAAUGCUGGACCUAAUACGAAUGGCAGUCAAUUCUUUAUAACUACUGUAAAAACAUCUUGGUUGGACAAUAAACAUGUAGUAUUUGGCUCUGUUGUUGAAGGUAUGGAAGUUGUGAAAAAACUGGAAAGUUAUGGAAGUGAUACUGGCGAAACAAAGAAAAAAAUUGUUGUUACUAACUGUGGAGAACAUUCAUCAUAAUUUUUUUACAUCAAUACUUAAUUUCUUUCUCAAAGUAUUAAGUUAAUAUGGUCAAAUUUAGAAGAAAAAAAAAUUACAACUGUAUUUUUUUUUAACUGUUAAAAACUAUUUUAGUAAGCAUUGUCAGAAGUAAAAAAAUAAUAAAAAUUAACAA